UUCGAGAGAAGAGCACGGCACAAAACACGAGAAGAUAAGUACGAACCGAGAAAAGUAGAUAAGAAGGUGAAGAAAGAUGGAACAGAGAGGAAGCCGAGAAAGAAAAUUGAGAAGAGUGAUCGGAAGAAAGCCGCCAGAAAAUCAGGCGAAGAUUUGAUGAACAACUUCAGCUCUAAAAGCAUUGGUCAAGACAGGUUAACUAUUCGACCUCCACAAGGUCUUGGCCUGUUCAACAAUGGUCGUGCAUCUUCACCGGCUCGGCGGAGAAGCUUGUCAGACCUGGCUUUUUCGGAGAUGAACUUCCUACAAAGCUCUACUCGACAGCCUCAAGUAGAGCAAAAGAGUAAAGUCAACUCAAAGUCUCGGGAAAAGGAGAAGCGCAAAGCAACCAGAGCCCAGGACGAAAUAACAGAGUUCUUCAGACCUAGCAGAAAACCACUGGAGGAAAUA